GCGGGGGCGGGGGCGGGGAGCGCGCAGGAGCGCGCUCCCGGUUGGGCGCCUGCGCACUGCGGCCCCGGGGGCUCCCGGGCUGAGGGAGAGGAGGAGGGAAGAUGGCGGCCGUGGUGGAGAAUGUAGUGAAGCUCCUGGGGGAGCAGUACUACCGAGAUGCCAUGGAGCAGUGCCACAAUUACAAUGCUCGCCUGUGUGCUGAACGGAGCGUGCGCCUGCCCUUCUUGGACUCCCAGACUGGAGUGGCCCAGAGCAACUGUUACAUUUGGAUGGAGAAGCGACACCGGGGGCCAGGGCUGGCCUCAGGGCAAUUGUACUCUUAUCCUGCCCGGCGUUGGCGGAAAAAGCGCCGAGCCCACCCUCCUGAAGACCCGCGACUCACCUUCCCGUCCAUCAAGCCAGAUACAGACCAGACCCUGAAGAAGGAAGGACUGAUCUCCCAGGAUGGAAGCAGCUUGGAGGCCCUGCUGCGCACCGACCCCCUUGAGAAGCGGGGCGCCCCCAACCCCCAGGCGGAUGACGACAGCCUGGGAGAGUUCCCGGUUACUAACAGCCGAGCAAGGAAGCGGAUCCUGGAGCCUGAGGACUUUCUGGACGAUCUGGACGACGAGGACUAUGAAGAAGACACGCCCAAGCGCCGGGGCAAGGGCAAAGCCAAGGGCAAAGGCGUGAGCAACGCCCGUAAGAAGCUGGACGCCGCCAUCCUGGAGGAUCGGGACAAACCCUACGCGUGUGACAUCUGUGGGAAGCGUUACAAGAACCGUCCGGGCCUCAGUUACCACUACGCGCACUCCCACCUGGCAGAGGAGGAGGGCGAAGACAAGGAGGACUCUCAGCCUCCCACCCCUGUGUCCCAGAGGUCUGAGGAGCAGAAAUCCAAGAAGGGCCCUGAUGGUCUGGCCCUACCCAACAACUACUGUGACUUCUGUCUGGGAGACUCCAAGAUCAACAAGAAGACAGGCCAGCCUGAGGAGCUGGUGUCAUGCUCCGACUGUGGCCGCUCAGGGCACCCAUCCUGCCUCCAGUUCACCCCCGUCAUGAUGGCUGCUGUGAAGACCUACCGCUGGCAGUGCAUCGAGUGUAAAUGCUGCAACAUCUGCGGCACCUCGGAGAAUGACGACCAGCUGCUCUUCUGUGAUGACUGUGAUCGUGGCUACCAUAUGUACUGUCUCACGCCCUCGAUGUCGGAACCACCUGAAGGGAGCUGGAGCUGCCAUCUGUGUCUGGACCUGCUGAAGGAGAAGGCUUCCAUCUACCAGAACCAGCACUCUUCUUGAUGUGGCCAGGAGCCCGGGCACCCCCAUCCCCUCCCACAUCCGGGGCUGUCUUUGGAACCUCUCUCUUGUUUUCCAGUGUCUCCUCUCCCGUCCUCCCCUUUGGCGGGCCCGGGGCGGGUAGUGCCAGGUUGGGGCAGCGGGCAGGCUGAACUGGCAGCUGACGCUGUGGAUCCCUCCGUCUGGCCCCAGCCCCUCCUGAAGGUGCCCCUGGGAAGAAACAGGCCCUGGCUUCUCCUUGCUCCUUUUCUCUCCAUAAAGUGCAUUCACUCUGCCUGCCUUGGGCCCAGGCCCUGGUUCUCACAGGGUUCAGCUAUGCCCUCCACGCCGGAGCAGGAGGGCAGCUCACUUCUUUCCCAGCUCUGCCUACUCUGCCCCUAGGGUUUGCCUUCCCUCCUUUUGGAGGGCAUCCAGGAGGGGCUGCAUGAGCUGGGCAAGUCUGGGGGACUCUCUGGCUCCCCCCGCCUCUCCACUUUGCCCCCUUCUGCCCCUGCAGGGAGGCUCUCCGUGGCGCUCUGUGCCUGCUGCCAGAAGGCGCCUGGGGCAGGGCGUGACGCACUGGGGCACCCUGGCCCCUUGGUGCUGCCGCAGCUGCAGCCUGACUCCUCCCUCCCAGCUCAUCUUCCAUAGCCCUCUUUAGUGGCGAAAGUGAUUCUCUACCUUGUGCGUCCGCUCUCUUUCCUCAGUUCCCCUUCUCCUUGUUCUUCUUUUGUUUUGUGGGGAGAAGGGAAGCAUCAGGGGGCCAUCCAAGCAGUGUGGGGGCCAGAGGGAGAAGUUGGAUAAUGUGCCUGUUUUUUAACUCUACUUCAAGCCUACCUCCAAAAUCCCCUUUCUGUUCCUCCUCCUUACCUGGGCCUUCAGCCUUCUGCCCUCAAUGGAAUUGGGAGCCCCCAGGCCCCCACCCCAUGCACCCAAGCUCCUAAGUCACAGGAGGGCCCCUUGGCCAUCCCUUCCUCUCCUCGCACGCUUACUAGCAGCUGGGAAGGCCUCGAUGCCCCUGGCUCCUCAGGCUUCUGCCGGGCGAGACUGGUGGCGGUAUGGGAGGGACGCAGUAUGUGGCAGUGCCCCUGGGGAGCCCUUUCUGCUUGGCCUUGAGGCUGGGCCUCUCUCCCACUGUCACUUUGGAGUUGAGGUGUUUUUUUUAAGUUCCUGUACUCCAGACAUUAGUACAAUAAACAUUUUUACAUGGA